CGCUUGCAAGAGUACAGACGUGUCGUUUCCGUGGCUCUCGUUAUACCGAUCUUGGAAAAAAGAUUAUCCUGUAUCCUGCCGAAGGAAAAGUGUUUCGCAGCAUUUUCGCGCGUCCCCCCCGCCCCUAACAUACAAAGUGAAUUGUGAAAAAAAAACAAGCAAAACAAAGAAGCGUAUGUGUAUGUGUGCGUGUGUUAGUGUGCGUUUCGAUAGUGAGAAUAUAGAAAAGCAGAUAAUACCCACCGUAUAUAUAUAUAUAAAUAAUCCACCACUAGAAAGCGAAAGUUGUUUUGUUUUGGGGUGUAAUCCACAAUCAGAAGAUCCUGGAAGCGAAAUUAACCCGUGCGGCUACGCGUUUGUUUACCUGUGUGCCACGCGUGUAAUGUAUGCAUUAAUAUGAUUUAGUGUUUUGUAGUUUUGCGAACAGAAAGUGCAUUUCGGAACUUCUAACCAUUAUAUAGGCACCGCAUUACUCACCUUUAUAUAUGCCCUCUCUCGCUCUAUCUAUGCAUACAUUUGUCUGUACAGUAUCUGGAAUCUAAAUAGUUUCGUUCUUAUCUCUGGUAUGUGUGUUGUUUCAUCCAAAGGCCGAGCGUCUUUAGUAAUCAUACUUCAGAAUAAUAUAAAAUAAGAGAAUACAAAAAAAAACAAACUAAGUAGUGUGCAAAACAAAGCCAAGUAAAAUAACCGCAAACGUAAAACAGAACAGUAGUGUGUGCUAUAUCAUUAGCGUGAAAACAGUAAAUAAUAAACAAAAAAGCAAAACCAAUAUCAAACAGUUUGAAAAAAAAAAACAACCCCGCCUCUCCCCCUCUCAUCACAUCGAACGUAGAACGUAUCCUCUAACUAGCGUAUCUCAGUAGUGUUACUACCAUUUCUACUACUAUAGUGGCAGUUGUAGAGCAAACCGAAUAGGAAAAGGACAGUUGGGGCGAUACUGCAAAGUGUAUUGAAAAAAAAAAAAUUGCGCCCCCAUCCUGCAUCCAGAACCGCUUCUAUUGGUAGUGUAUUGUUGUGGCCGAAUAUAGAAAAACGCAGACCCGACAGCAGCAGCGCCCAGUGAUAGAAGAAACAGCAGCAGCAGAAGCAGCAACAGCAGCAGGAAAACAGAGCGGAAAAAUGCUGUUUGAAAGUACGAUACCUGCCAAAAUGUAUCCCUACAAUGUGCCUCCACCGAUACAGGGCCCAACGGCGGUUCCCGUACCGAACAUAAGAUUGCACGGAGCCACUUUUGGUGCCGGAACGCUAGACCCGAAUGGACUUUUGGACACACACGAACUUCACCCAACACUGGUGCCACUGAAGCCGACUCUACUCACAAGCCAGGCAGCCGCCGUAGCCGCUAGCCAACAGCAAAUUAAGAGAGAACCGACAUCACCGCAGGUACUGUCACCCCAGCAACAACCACAGCCGACCGUAACCCAGCAGCAACAGAUUCAGCAACAGAUCCAGCAGCAACAGGUACAGGCACAGGUUCAGCAACAACAGCAACAGGCGGCACAGCAGCAGGCACAACAGCAAGCUCAGCAGCAGGCACAGCAGCAGGCUCAGCAGCAGCAGGUGCAGGCGCAACAACAGCAGCAGGUGAAUGGAGCGAGCGCGAACGGGUGCCCCAAGGGAGGCAACGCCAGCAAUGGCAGCUCGUCUGGCCGCUCGACACCGAACAACGGUAGCGAUCCGGCACCGGGGAAGCUGUUUGUGGGCGGAUUAAGCUGGCAAACGUCGUCCGAAAAGCUGAGCGAGUAUUUCGGCAUGUUUGGUACGGUUACGGAUGUACUGAUCAUGAAGGAUCCCGUCACGCAGCGAAGCCGAGGGUUCGGUUUCAUCACAUUCCAGGAGCCGAACAGUGUGGACAAGGUUCUACAGGUACCGAUCCACACGCUCGACGGUAAGAAGAUUGAUCCGAAACACGCAACGCCGAAGAAUCGGCCCAAGACCCAGUCGAACAAAACGAAGAAGAUUUUUGUCGGUGGCGUAAGCCAGGACACGUCAGCCGAGGAGGUGAAGGCCUACUUCAGCCAGUUCGGCAAGGUCGAGGAAACGGUGAUGCUGAUGGAUCAGCAGACGAAGCGCCACCGUGGGUUCGGUUUCGUGACGUUCGAGAACGAGGAUGUGGUCGACCGGGUGUGUGAAAUUCACUUCCACACCAUCAAAAACAAGAAAGUAGAGUGCAAGAAGGCCCAGCCGAAGGAGGCGGUUGCACCGACCGCACAGCAGCUGCUGCAGAAGCGCAUCAUACUGGGCAAUCUGGGCGUUCCGAUGGCAGCGGCCGCUCCGAAUUCGGCUGCCGCCGCACGUCUCGUUGGGGCGGCCCAGGCAGGCGGUAAUCCAGGUCUGGUGAAUCCGCUCGCAACCAACCAGCUGUUGGUGCAGGCGCAAGCUCAAGCUGCCCAGGCUGCUGCGGCAGCUGCCGCCAUGCAAGUACAAAAUGGUUUCGGCAAAGUCUUUACUACAUAUCCACCGCAACUGCAUAGCUUUAGAUACUCGCCAUACUCCAUUCCAUCGGCAGCAGCCGCCGCCGCGAAUGCAGCCGCAGGUGUUAAUCCACUGUCGGGCGUGGCCGCCAGUCAGGCCGCCCAGGGUCAGCCGCAACAGGUGCCGCAUCCGACGUCCGUGGCCGGAGCAACGGUCGCUACGCAAGCUGCCCCACAGCAGACGAACCAGCAGGCAGCCGCCGCCGCACAGAUGGCCGCCGCCGGGCUGACGAACCCUUACCCGGGAUACAGCCUGACCAAUGUUGAUAUGUCGAGCUUCCAGGGCGUCGACUGGGGCUCGCUGUACGGCAUGGGAAUAUUGUAUCCCGAAAGCCACUGUUGAGAUCAGCGUCUUCAUCACCUCUACCACCUAUUGUCACGUGGUAGCUAACGAAUGCAACACACCUGUUGCAGUUCUGGGUUCCCUUUCCGGGUUGCAACCGGCACAUACACACACUACUACCUGUAAGGGUUAACCAAACCCCCCUUUUUUCUCUGCCUUUUGAUUGCAUAGCGAUGAGCGAUUGGAAGCAUUGGAAACGAGCAAUAACGUAUGCGAUCAUCCACCUUGGGGCGUACACAUCGUAAAGAAUACGGUUAAGAUUGGAAAGGAGAUCAGGAUUUUACCGCAUCAUUUGAUUCAUAAGAUACAUCAUGAAGACUGUUUUAGUUAAGCAUCGGUUUACGGUUAGCUGCCAAUCAAUAUUUUAAUUAUGAUUUUAAAGUUUCCUAGCGUAGCCGCAGGAAAUAUCGUUUAGUUAGACGCUAUUUUCAAGAUGAGAUAUUAUCCUAAGAGCAAAAUCGCCGAUCAAUGGUUCCAGCUGGGUGUUAUGUAUUAGAUUUAUUUUAGGAAGAUCAGUGGAAAAAAGUCACUAAACACAUUCACUUCAUUCAUGACUGCGCGCUGUGGGGUUGCGCAGGGUACAAUAAGAAGCGUGCGGCAUGUUUCUACUCACUUUACUGACAUUACAGCUCAGUAUCUUAUCACUUGCUUGUGCCGUUUCAAAUUCUGCUGAGAGUACACACACCA